AUGUCCCCUAUAUCUACUCCGUCAACCAUUUUAAGAAAGCCUUCGAGAUCUCGUGUCUCAAAGGAGAAGAAGACAAAGGCGCCCCGCGCGUCUAAAUCAUUAAAGAUAACUUCCUCCAAAUCUUUGACCGCUGUGCCUAAGUUUGAUGUUCCUAUUGUGGAACAAGCUGAAUCUGUAUUUUCUCCUUUAAGAGAAUUUGCUGAAGGGCCCGAUGUUGAGUCAGCUGGUCCAAAUGAUGAAAAUGUUAACAGGAAUGUGUCUCCUGUUGUCCAACCUGAUUCAGUAGUCGCCGGUGCUACAGAGUUAUCCCAACUAGAACAAGGUGCUGUUCUUACCCUUGCUGCUGGUAAAGCUGCUGACCAAGAAUCCUCUGUUCCCGCUCCUAAAAAUUCAUUGAUAGCCGGGAAAGUUAUUCGGGUGGAGCUCCCUGCUGAGCUAUGUAUGAAACCCCAAUCUGCAUUCGAACUGAUGCGUUCCGCAAGACAGACAGGUGGAAUUGUGAUCGGUGAACCCAGACCUGCUCCAAAACCCAUAGAGGUUGUUGGAAAAGGUAAGAAGAUUGCGACUCCAUUUUUUGAAAAAGUAUCGGAGGCAACAUGCAUUGUUGACCUCAUCUUACAUCAAGUCAAAGCCAUUAUAGCUGAAAAAUUGGAGAUUUUUGAAUCAUGGUCCCUAGAGAGACUGUCGUCCAAGUACAAUGAUACUCUUACGAAUUCUACGAUAACCCAAGAAUGGAAGAAGCGGGUAGCAAAUGAAAAGAAAGUUCUUAAAUGGGCUAGAACUUCAGAGGUAGCUGAGGCUCUGAAGAGAAAAGAUCUCAUUGAAGAUUGCAUGUAUGGAAAAGCCCUUUUUCCAAUUCUUGAAGCCAAAAAAGAGAAUUUCAAUCCUGUUGUGAAAGGAGAUGAAGUGGAGAUGAAAGUUUUGAAGAAGCUGAACGACAUUUUGGACAAAGAAGUUCAUGUAGAAGAUGUGAUUGAGGAGGCCGCUCAAGCUCCUCUUGAAGAAGAUGUUCUGAUAACCUCUGUUGUGAGAACAGAGGAAUCUCAAGAGAAAGUGGCUGAGGUAACUCAGCCAGAAACUAUCAGAUCUGAGGGGGAACCUUCUAAGGAUAAGAAUGUUGAAGAAGAAAGUUCCUCAUCUGAGGAGGAACAGGAUCAACAAGCAACCUAUAAAAAGCCCCUCCUAUUUCCCAAUACCAUAGUGGGAAAUGUUCACGAAAAUAUCAACAUUCCUCUUCAUUACUCUGGAAAUUUAUAUGAGAGAUUUCAGAGAGCUGAAGAAGAACUGUUAGAAGAAGAGAAGGAUGAAGCUCCUAAGAAAGUAAAGAAGAAUCAACCGGAGCAAUCCUUGCAGAUUCAUACAAACUUUGAGCCGAUUCAAAGCAUGGCAGCAGAGUCUCAAGAAAAUUCAUCAAAUGAAGAAUCCUCUACUGAUGGUAAUAAGAUGUUAAAGUCUAUGACUUCUGUGCUAUCAUCUCUUCAGAAGAGCAUGAUAAAGUCCUUGAAUAAUCAGGAAGAAGAAAGAAAGGACUUUGCUGAAAUUAUCAAAGUUAUCAAGGAAUUGGACAACACUUUGAAGAAGAACACGUACGAGACUCAUGUCUCAAAUAUAAACUACUCUAAGUUCGAAAAGCAACUUCUCAACCGUCAAACUGAGUUGUUGGACAUUGAAAGGCAAAUCAAUGAUGAACGUCAUAAGGAGACUUUGGAAGAAUUCAGUCUGGUGAAGAAUCGGAUGGUGGAAAUUCAGGGGUGCUUGAGCAGAAAUGAUAAUGAACGACAGGAAUUUGCGGACUCCAUUGCAAGGAAGUUUCAAGCAAAGGAGAACGCAAAGGCUAAUGCUGAAAGUGUUCAACCUCAAGUCGAGUCAAGUAGAAGGAGUGACGGUGUGUCAACCGACACUAGAUCCAGACGAGCUCCAAACACCGAUGAUAAUCUGUUACGACUUGUUUCGUAA